AUGGACGUGGACAACGCUGUGGCAAGCGGCUCUGGCUCCACGAGCGCUGCUCAUCAGCUGCUACGGGAAGCGCUGAAUCCCGCCAAGGUCUCGGACGCACAGGUUUCGCAGUACUACCGCGAGCGACUGCAAGACCGCCGCAUCCAGAUCACCAACCUCGAUCGCGCGCGGCCCAAGACCGGCGGCACAGACGCAGAUGCACGUCUCCGCGCCGAGAACAAGCUCAUUCGUCGCAGACGCAGGGUCAAGAGCGAGCUGUCUGAGCUCAAGCGCAUGCGCAUCGCCGCUGGCCGAUCUAAUCGACACACACACGCACCUGAGCAGACAUCCGAACCUAGCCCAUCGGCAGAAGAGCCCAACACCGACGACCGCGCUGCAAAGGACAUCGUACGUGGCAAGCAGAGGCUACUUUCGGAUGCGUCGAAGCAGCUCCGGCGUCUGCGCUCCAUCUCGCGCGGAGGCAAGACUCCGGCCAAGGCGGUGGACAAGCACGCGCGCAAGGCGUUGAGUCGCACGCAGCGCAAGCGACUGGGCCUCGAAGCCGUGGAUCCGCACAUCACAUACGACCUCGUGCGGCCGCUGCACGAUCUGUGGCGCACGUACAUCCAGCAGCUGCUCAACAUCGUAGCGCUCAACAGUCGGGGCGAGCUGGUGGCCAAUCCGCAGUUCGACGCGCGGCACCUCGGCACCAUGUCAUCCGGCACGGUGAGUGCGAUCCAGGCGUCGCUGAUCAAGGCGGAUCUGUGCGGUGCCGAGGUGGAGGUGGUGCGUGCGGCGAAUCCGUCGCUGGUGGCCCAGCGCGGACUCGUAGUCAAGGAGACCGAACAUACCCUGAUCCUCGCCGUGCCACCUCAGGCCGAGGACAAGCGGGGCAAGGAGAAGAGCACGCGAACGAUACCCAAGAAGAACGCCGUGUUUGCAAUCGAUGUGCCCCUCUCCGAUGCGGCAGGCAAGCUGCGCUUCGAACUGCAUGGAAACCAUAUGAUGCACACGCUGCCCUCGAGAGCCACGCGCAAGUACAAGGCUCGUCCUACCAUCGAUUUUUAG